AUGCCCGAUCGCAAAGCGUAUCCAACAACGCCCGCACUGAUUCCAAAAGCCGUAGCUAGUAAGAGGAAUGGUGCUGUGUAUGAAGCAUGGCAGCAAAUUGUCGAAAAGUACUCGGCAAGAGACCUCACUGUCCCUGGCGACAAAUUUCCAGCAAUCUCUGGUAUUGCAAGCAAGAUUCGAAAAGCUACGCACUCGGAGUAUUUGGCAGGAUUGUGGAAGGGGAACAUCGCAUCAGACUUGCUGUGGAGCGCGUCUUCUCAAAUAUCAACUGCUCCUGAUCGCUUUGCACUCGAAACCUGGCGUGCACCAUCGUACUCAUGGGCUAGUAUCGACACUGCUGUUACGUACACACACCUGGACGACGAAGAACGAGAAGCUUUCACUCCCGCAACCUUGCUGACAGCAUCAAAAACCAUACCGAAAGGCUUGAACCCGCUUGGCACGCUUGCCGACGCAUCCAUCACGGUGCGCGGACCUACCAUGGAAGCUACCCUAUGUUCGGAGCAGAAUCGCGGAAUCUGGGAGUACAUGCUUCUGGUCAAGGGAACCAGCUCGAUAUCAUGCACACCUGAUUGUCUGCUGGUUGACGCGCUGAUCAAGACUGAGUCCAAUGGAGAAGAGCAAAGGACAACUCGACGCGCGAAAAACAAUGACUCUCUCGGGAACUUUAAAUCGCCUGUUUUGUGUCUAAGCGUUGCUAGACACGACAACCUCAUAUUUGGCUUGGUCCUUGGUGUCUCCGAGCGACUGCCCAAUGCUUGGGAAAGACUUGGCACAUUCGCUGCCGGUACUGAAGCCAUGCAGAACGCCAAUGAGCAAGAAAUUAUGCUCGUAUGA